AGACAAGAUCAGAGGGUGACAAAAAGAAACAGUGGGAGAAAUAACAAGCCGGAUUCAGACUGAAAAAUAAAGAAACUAGACCUUGACAACAAUUCCGAAGAUGGGUGAAGUAUUUCAUACCUUCAUCGUGGGAUUCACUGUGUUUAUUAAGGACUAUUUUACUGGUUUCUGGGACUAUGAGACACCAAAGAUGAUGGUGGUUAAAAACAGAACUCUUGGAUUCAUUUACAGGAGCGUUCAGUUUCUCGUGAUCACCUAUUUUAUCUGGUAUGUGUUUAUAAGUGAGAAAGCGUACCAAGAGAGUGAAACCCAUCCAGAGAGCUCUGUUUACACUCUCAUGAAAGGCACAGCGGUUCAUGGAGAUUAUAUUCUGGAUACUGUGGAGUACGUUCAACCCUCAGAGGGAGGUGAUGUGAUUAGUACAAUAUUGAGACGAGAGGUCACAUAUGAUCAGAAGCACGGGACCUGCGCAGAGCAUUUCAAAGUUCCUUCAGCCAACUGUACAACUGAUUCUGACUGUGUCCAAGGGGAGAUUGACUUUGAAGGCCAUGGCAGGAGGACGGGCAGAUGUAUUCGAUACUAUAACCACGCUUUCAAAACCUGCGAGAUCCAAACUUGGUGUCCUAUUGAGGAGUACGCUGUAGUACGUGAACCACCGUUAGUGGAGGCGAUCAACUUCACAGUGUUCAUCAGGAACUCCAUUCACUUCCCUAAAUUUAAAGUACUGAGGGGAAACAUCAAAGAUAUGCCAAACAAGCGCAAAAUGCAGAAAUACCUCAGUAAGUGUCAGUAUGAUGAGGAGAAUGAGCCGUACUGUCCAAACUUCCGUCUGGGAUACAUCGCAAAUAAAGCGAGGGAAAAUUUCAGUGAGCUCUGCAAGACAGGAGGAGUGAUAGGGGUUUUCAUUAACUGGAAGUGUAACCUGGACCUGGAUCCUUCACACUGUAAACCUACGUAUUCCUUCCGUCGUCUUGAUCUCCGAAAGGAUCAGGCCAGCUCUGGAUACUAUUACAGAUUUGCCAAAUAUUACAAUAAGAAUGGGGUCAGCUCUCGGACACUGAUCAAGGCCUACGGCAUCCGUCUGGACGUCAUUGUUCACGGUCAAGCUGGUAAAUUCAGUCCCAUCCCAACCAUGAUCAGCACAGUGACUGCCUUGACUUCAGUUGGGAUUUGUACCAUAAUCUGUGACUGGAUCAUGCUGACGUUUAUCGACAAGAACGAAAUCUACAGUGAGAGAAAGUUUGAUGAAGUUAUCAAUGAGCCCACAGUGCCCAUUCCCACAGAGCUCAGCUACAUCAAUAGUUUCGGCUCCAUCCACUCAGACCUGUCAGACGGUGUACCGCUGUGAUGUCAUCACAGUUCCCUAAGUCCUCGCCGUGGCCACAUGUGUAUACUCUUCUAAAACCAGCUGACUGUGGCAAUGACAGAACUUCUGAGUGGUUCCUCAGGAGUCUUGCGACAGCUCAGUGACUUCUGUUGGCUGCUGACAGUGUGGAUAAACUGACAGAGAAACACACAGGUGGAGGAAACCUGGUGAAAGAAAGUCAAAGUCUUUGCCUGUGCAGCAGGUUCAUCUAUCAUCUCAAUCCACGAUGCACCUCCACUGUUGGACAGUGUCCUUAAACCUGUUUCUUAGACCACUGUAAAACCACCUGGAUGUUUAUUUUCUCAAAAUAUUUCAGAGCAGAAAAAUAUUUGAGAAAUAUGAAAGACAGACUCACCAACCAUGCAAAUUGUAUGUUCAUGUAUUUCAAACACUCAACCCAACAAUAAAAGUCUGUCUGCUUACUUGUUACAGACAAUCAUCAUCA